CACCUUAAGAGACCUGAACAACAAAUACUCAAAACAUUCACAAAUGCUUCUCCUUGUUCCACAUUAGCGUCCCAAAUCACUAAAUUCCAUAUCGAAUAACCUGCAAUACAAUUUCCACAGCAUCUAUCCUCCAUCCUUCAAAAAGAUGUCACAAUUCUAUUCCUCCCCUCCCCCCAAUAAUCCUUACGGCGCAUCCAAUACGGCAGCUCAAAACCUCCAAUUCUACCCGUCAACCUAUACACCCGGUGCCGUCUCAGGCCAUACCACACCACAGGCCACAUAUGGAUAUGGCAUACCUCCUGCCGCGCAAGCGUAUCCUGGUGGUGGAAGCGGCGGAUUUGGAUUCCCUGGAAAUGCCCAGUCGGGUGUGAGUGGACGGAUGGGAGAGAGUGGUGGAUUAAGAACUGGGUGGUUGGCUGCGUUUGGAACGGAAGGCUAUGAUGGCGAGCCACCUUUAUUAGAGGAGUUGGGAGUGAAUUUCGGUCAUAUCAGGGGUAAGGUAUGGUUAUUGUUUCAAUUAUUGUUUCCUCAAGCCAAGAUGAUUUCUAGAUGGGAUGCGCAGAUGCUAAUUUGAGUCAAAAGACAUUGGCAGUACUGAAUCCUCUUGCGCGCAUCGAUCAACACAUAAUGGACGAUUCUGAUCUUGCGGGACCUAUACUCUUCUUCCUAUUAUUCGGAACCUUUCUCCUAUUUUCGGGAAAAGUACAUUUCGGAUACAUAUACGGAUUGGCACUCCUCGGAUCCUCCUCACUCCAUCUAAUCCUCUCGCUCAUGUCACCACCUCUUAACACCGAUCCUAACUCCCAACAAUCAGUCGGUCCCUCACAUCUCUCUUCUACCCUCACAUUUCCACGAAGUGCUAGUGUGCUGGGAUAUUGUUUAUUACCCUUGGUACUCACGAGUGUGGUGGGGAUUAUUAUGCCGAUGGACGGGCUGGUCGGCUAUGUAUUAACCACAUUAGCGAUUGUGUGGUGUACGUACAGUAGUAGUGGGAUGUUCUGUGCAGUAGGGAGAAUGAAGGGAAUGCGAGGAUUAGUAGCCUAUCCUCUAGCCUUAUUCUACGUCGGUUUUGGUAUUAUGGGAAUCUUUUCAAGCAGGGGAGUAGGUACAUUAGGGAAGGUUGCGGGGGCAUAAGUGCAUUAGAAGGGGUUGAAAGAAGAUAUCUGUAUAUCUGCAGGCGCGCGGAGCUUGUGGGGCGUCGCGGUCUAUAAAAUGGCACGGUAUGAAAGAUCCAGUGAUAAUUUAUAUGGUACAGGAAUGGAAGGGAACGGUGGGUCGGAGGGAUGGCAUGGUCUGGGAUCUGUAAAAAUAAGUUCUGCCUCCUUGUACAGCAUAGCUCAAAGUAUUCAUUCGAGGGAAGGAAAAGUCAUAGGAGCGGGCAAACAGAUAAAGAAUGAAAAGAUACCCCCCAAUG